UCUUGGCUUCCGUAGCAGCAACGAGUGGCUAAAAUAGCUGCCUGAUAAUAUUUCCUGAUUAACAAAUAACAGAGGUCGUCCCUGUUUAUGUCUUAAUAAACACUCAUAACGCGGUGUGCGUGGACAGAGCUUAUUUCCGGGAUGUGCUCCGUCGACGGAUGUGAAUCGUGGCAUCGCAACGCGCAACGGUUUAAGUUACCGGAGGAUCCAGAGAUGAGACUGGAAUGGGUUCAGUUUUUGGCCACAGUUAAUAAGCAGCGUUUUAAAGAGUCGUCGUGGACUGAAAUCACUAUCUGCGCUGAGCAUUUCAAAAGGGACUGUUUGAUUUAUGUGGCUCCGACUGGGGCGGUGCAGCUAACGCCCGGUGCUGUUCCAUCUCUGUGUGUCCAGUCUAAGCCAGAGUGGCUCAGUGUGUCGGUCUGUCUUCGACCACGAUCAGAACGUCGGAAAGAAAAGGAUCGCCAGAGGAAAAGAAAGGCUUUGGAGAAUGAAACGCCAGAACAAGCGGCGCUGCGAAAGAUAAAGAACAGAGAGAGAAUGGCAGAGAGGAGGAAACAAGAAACAGAAAAGCAACGAUAUGAACGGUUAUCCAAGGUCAGGUGUAAAGUUGCAGAAACUCGUGCAAAAGAGACACCAGAUGCACAGGCUGCCAGGUUAUCCAAGGUCAGACGUAAAGUUGCAGAAACUCGUGCAAAAGAGACACCAGAUGCACGUGCUGCCAGGUUAUCCAAGGAUAGGAGUAAAACUGCAGAAGCUCGUGCAAAAGAGACACCACAUGCACGUGCUGCCAGGUUAUCCAAGGACAGGAGUAAAACUGCAGAAACUCGUAUAAAAGAGACACCAGAUGCACGUGCUGCCAGGUUAUCCAAGGACAGGAGUAAAACUGCAGAAACUCGUGCAACAGAGGCACCAGAUGAAAGAGCUAUACGGCUGUCAGCAAACAGACGUCAAACUGCCAAAACUCGCACUGCAGAGACACCUGAACAACGAAGCACAAGAUUGUCAAGAGACAAAAUGGCAAAAUUAAAAACAGCAAAUGCACUUACCAUUGAAGAUGCAUCUAGAGCUUUCCAUGAGCGAAUUAAGGAAGGGCCAACAUGUGUCUGCUGUGUCUGUCAUCGGCUUAUGUACAGGAGGACUGUUGUACGUUUUAAUCAGAAUAAAUACAACCAGGAUGUCACCACUGAAUUGACCAACCAUUUGUCUACUGACUGCACUUGGAUCUGCAAUACUUGUGACUCUACAAUGAAGACAGGACAGAUGCCUGCACAGGCAAAAGCCAAUGGACUUCAACUCAGUGACAUACCAGAGGAACUAAGUGACCUGCGACCGCUAGAGUGGCAAGACGGUGAUCACGAUCUCUGGCAAGCGAUCAACCAAUCUCCAUGUGCAAGAACUGAUGAAGUUUCUACUGUUACAGUUCCCCAGGCAGCCAGAACAGACAUCUAUAGUAUUGCGAAAAGAUAUGGAUAUGACGUCGAAGAUGUGCCUUCAGAUGGUAAUUGUUUCUUCAAUGCAAUACAUGUUACCUGUGCCCGAUCCAACAUAGACUGUGUAUCGCCAGAUGAGCUGAGACAAACGUUGGUGCGGUUUCUCAGGACAUCUAAUGAUGUGGACCGAUAUCAGCAGUUCAUCCCAGACCCAAUAGCAAGUCAUGAGGCAAUAGUUACUGGCUACGAUGUGGACAUGCCAGAGGACAUUGACUUUGGGAUUGCGUGUAUCCCCGACGUAGUUGAUCGCCAAAUUGAAACGUGGAACCGAUAUGUGGAUCGACUGAAGAAGGGUGCCUGGGCAGAUAAUGUGACAGUUCAAGCAUUGUCGGACAUGAUGGACAUGGAGAUUCACAUCGUAACAACUAUCAAUCCGGAUGCCAUGACGAUUGUUAAACCACCAGAUGUCAGUCCUUCUCGUCGAGUAGUCACCAUUGGUUUGAUUGAUCAAUGUCAUUAUGUGGCGCUUUGUCAGACCACACCAAACAUAACACUGACGGAAGCAAAUCAAAGUACCAGUAAACCAGCACAAGUGGAUCAAAGUUCACCAGCACAAGCAGAUCAAAGUACUGUGCCACUGAUGAGCAAACAAGAAAGAGAAGAUGCAGAGGAUGAGCGUUCAUUUGAGGAAACAGCAGCAGCGCGAGGCUUGCCGUAUAGUACCUGCGUGCAGGAGGACAAUCCACAGGACCAUGACAAUGAGCCUGUGGAAACCACUGAAGUUAAGACAUAUUCACCCUCUUUUCAUGAAGAAUUGACGCUUCCCUCAAGAGAAGGCCCAGUUCCACUUAGUGUCUUAUGUUCAACAAGAGAUGUUUCCGAUACUUCAGCGUCUGAAAUGCUACCAAAAAAUGUGAAAAUUGAUUUGAUCCUGAAAAGAGCAGCGCCUGUACAGACAAAGGAAAAACACCUCCUUAAGCUGUUCAACGAGAAGUGCCAGUCAUGUGGCUGUAAACUCAGAAUCGAUAAGGUGACCCACGGCGGUUUGGUUGUCUUUAACCAGCAGUGCCUUCAGUGUGUGCACAGAAACCAGAGGAAAAGCCAGGUCAGUACCAGUGCGCCACCUGCUGAACGCCACCACCUGACAGGAGGCACUGAGGUCAUUCCAGAGGCCGGACCAACAGAAGACUCACUUGUGUCUCAUGUUGGCGUUAAUGAGGUGACUGACUCUGUCAACAAAACCGAGGGAUCAAGUGAUGAGACUGAAGUGGAUUCAGAGAGGAAGACAAGUGUGCCUCGGAUGAUCAAUGAUAAGGAAACUGAUGACGAUGAGGAAUCUGAGGACGAUGAGGAAUCCGAGGAUGACGAUGAGGAAUCUGAGGAUGAUGACGAAGAAGCGGAGAGAACAUGUUAUAAUCUUGCUCCCCAGCCCAAUGAGCUCUGCACGGUGUGUGGGAAGUUUUACAGAAAACGGUGGCCUCACACAUGUGAGCACAUACUUAAGCCCUAUUCCUGCAACAUUUGUGGCAAGAGAUGUGCUAAUGAGCAUGCUGUAAACUCCCAUAGCAGAGUUCAUGAGGUAAAUUACGCGCAUCGGUGCAAAUACUGCCACAUGACAUUCAAAACAAAAGUGGGCAAAGUCAAUCAUGAGCAGAUCCACCAAACGGAAGGACAGCCCUAUAAAUGUUCUGAAUGUUCAGAAGCAUUUGCCACAAAUAAGGAACGCAGUCUCCACAUGGAGGAUCACACAGGCCCCAAGCAGUUGAAAUGUCAUAUCUGUGGGAAGGAGUUCCUCUGGACUCUUGCUCUCCAGAGACACUUAAAUGUGCACACAGGUCUAAGGCCUCAUAAGUGUUCAGUGUGCCAUCGUGGCUUCAACCAGCCGAGUCACCUCAAAUCUCACAUGCGCCUGCACACGGGAGAGAGGCCUUAUAAAUGUCAGCAUUGCGACAAAUGCUUCAAUCACAACGUGAGCUUGAAGAGUCACGUUCAGCGUUACCACGCACCAGGCAAUGAACGGAAUAAUGCCAAGAGGAAAAAAAGGAACACUAGUGAUGCUCAGGGUGUUGGGAACAAAAUGGGUGAAGACUCUGUCCUUGCCACUGUAGAGAAGAUACAGGAUGCACAAUUGAGUGAACAGGAAAGAAAGAAGAAGAGACACACUGGUAGACCCAUUGGGAGGCCUAAGAGUUAUGCAUCAAGUAAUGUAGUACUGGAAAUUCAACUGGAAGAUCCAAGUUCACACACUAACACUGAAGAUCCACAGGCGGUGUCGACACUGACUGACAACAACGGGACCAUCUCUGAAUUAGCAGAGGAGGAAGGGCAGAAAAGCACGGACACAAAGGAUACCACAAAAUCAACAAGAAAAAAAACACAUUUUGACAGUGACUCUGAUUUCGACCCAGAUGAAACAAAGAAGAGAAGUGGUAAAUGCCCAGGGAAGCAGAGGGGGAGGCCAAGAAAAACUCCGGUGGUGUGAAGUUUCAUGAAAAGAACAUAAAUAAUUAUAAUUGCACUUAAAUGAUACAGUAAUACAUGCAUAUUGAAUAAUAAUGACAUGACUUUUUACAUCAGUUACCAGAAGGAAAAAAAAAAGACAAACCAUUAUCUGUUCAGAGAAGUUAAAGCUUUCAUUUCAAAACAAUUUCAAAUGUGACUUGUGUAAAAUGACACUUAUCAGGACUGAUGUUAAACACCAAUGCUUCAUUCUGCUGCAACUUGCUGGUGCUCAGGGCUGGCCCAAACCUCUAUGGGGCCCAAAGCAAAAUUUGAUGCUGGGGCCCUUUAUCAACGCCAAUAAUAAAGCAGUAAAUGACAUGAUGCUUCUGGGGUGACUGCACAGUUGUAACUGUUGCUUGGAUCAUCACAAUGUCAGUCUGGCAUGUUGUUACACUUGCACUUAAAUUGGCUUUAGUCUUAAAUGGUGUCAAAAUCAGAAGAAAGGCCUUGUGUUGAUUUUCACUUCGUAUUCAAAAUGGCAGAAUACUAAGAGGUGAAAAUGGUGACAGCCUACUAAAAAGUAACCAAAUAAAACAAUACAUUUUUACUCUACUAACCAUGACAAUGACUUUUUGUUUGGUGUGAUUUAAGAGCUCCAAAAAUAAACUACAACAAAUUAUUAUUCUACUAUAGUAUCAUUAAAUAUUCAAGUAGAAAUCCCACUAAUUGAAUAACGUAAAUAAAACAGCACCUCGUUAAUAAGUGCAAAGUACAUCUGUUUUUUUAUUUGAAUGGGGGUCAAGGGGGCCUAAGCAGCAGCUUAGUUCACUCACUCCUUGUUGGCUGAUGUGUAACCUUCUUGAACAUGAGAUACAUUUGCCUCUGAGAGGGGAAGGGAAGUCAUUUCAACUAUGCAAAUAACAGCAAGGCUUCUGUAGUUGAUUAGAUUGAUUAGAUGGAAUAUAAAACAAAGAGUUUCAAGGGUUUAUUUUGAAACCUCAGUAUGUGUAGUGCCACAGGUUGAAGAACAGAAGACAAUUUGACUGCAAAAAUGUCAAUGAUACAUCACAGCCCACAAAAAGCUCUUGGAAGAUGAUGUGAAAUGUUGUUGUUUUUUUAAAAAGGAAGUGAUAUUUAUUUUGUGUUCAAUGUGUUCAUGACUAACAGUUGUUAACACUCCACUCCUGCUUGUGUUAGGUUUUGCUAGUCUGUUACUUUGUUAAUUAUGCCAAAACAAAACGUUAUUUGCUGGUCAAAACUGCUAGAGAAAAUAAAUACUCUGCUACAAGUA